UGAAACCGUGGUGCUGUCGGCCCAGCUCCAUGAGCCGACUCCUCGACCUCGCCACCGGCGCGGCGCUCGGUGCUCUCGGGCUCGCUCUGAUCGUCACGCUCAAUGAGCGGCUCGAGGAGGAGACCCGGCGGUUGUGGCGCCGCGGCCUUCUCGCCGCUUCUCGAGCCGCUCGCUCGACGCUCACGUACGACCAGGAGGACGAGCACGGCGACGAGCAGGAGUUCAGCAUGAGCAAAUCGCCCGGCACGCCCGGCUCGCGCGCGGCGAGCGGCGCACGAAAGUGCCAGCUUGGCGUGGGUUACAACAAGCAGCUCGCCGAAGAGCGGCGGCAAAUCUACGCCCUGCUGGAGAACCUGCCUCGGCUGCCCGAGCUGGACUACGUGCCGACGGCCAAGUACGAGGAGGCUCCGAUUGAGGAGGUGCUGCACCCGCUCAUCGCCGAAGCGUCCGUCAUCCUCGUCGCCGGCGCCUACUUUGGGGACGAGGGCAAGGGCAAGACGGUCGACGCGAUCGCGCGGCACCCCGAGGUGAAGGUCGUCGCGCGCGUCAACUCGGGCGAGAAUGCGGGGCACACCGUCUUUGGCGAGACCGGCCACAAGUACGACUUCCACCUUUGCCCGUCGGGCCUCCUCACGCCCGGCAAGGUAAACAUGAUCGGGCCAGAGUGCGUGAUGGACCCGGUCUCCUUCAUGGAGCGGGAGGUGUCGCAGCUGGUGCGGACCGGAGUGAGCUACAAGGAGCGGCUCUUCAUCGGGAACGUCCACCUCGUCUGCCCGCACCACAAGCUGCUCGACCUGAUUGGCUCGCUCGACCACCUGUUCAACGGCCGCGAGGGGCAGCAGGGCUCGCGCGCGCGGGAUCUCAACCGGCGCAGGCUCGAGCGCGACAUGGGCGAGUACUGGGGCGCGCUUUCGUCGAAGAGCAUCACCGAGGCGGAGCUGCACGAGAAGGCAAAGGCGAACUCGAAGAUCCAGCCACAUGCGCAGUACGUGCUCGACCUCUUCGACCGCUACGUCGUCCACAACGCAGACUUCCCGCCCUGCGCCGACGUCUCCUUCCUGCUGCGGCAGACGCUCUCGAGCGGAGGCAAGGCGCUGCUCGAGGGCUCGUCGCGAGUCGGCUCCGGCGCGAACCCGUGCGCGCUCGUGCCGCAGCACUACUUUGCGGCCACCGACUCGACCAAGGAGGACUUUGAGGCGAUGCAGAUCGACUGGCGCGACGUGUGCGCGCAGUACUUUGGCUCCAUCGGCGCGAACGGCCUGCUGCGGCCCGGCGCCUUCACCAACCUGUACACUACUAAUUACUAG